CAUAAGUAAUGCGGCAUACUUUUAUAAUAUUCACACCAUGAUGGUUUCUCACGACGAACACAGUAGGAUUAUAGAGAUUCGACUUCCCAAUGAAAACCGRGAAAAGAUUGUGCUACAAAACCACGCUACAGUUGCGGACUUGAAAAUUGUUUGCGAGUGUUGUCUUGGCAUACCUGCUGAGUUGGUGAAGAUUUUCGAAGAGAAUGGCAAGACAAAUGAAGAACUGACAAACACAGAAAUAAUAUUCACGAAUGCAAUUCGCUUACAGGUACCGAUUUGGUGGAAUAAAUGUGUUUGUAGUGUUUUGAACAAAGACAUUCAAAGUACAUAUCGCAGAGUUCAAUUGCCAAUGCAACAAGUUGGGAGAGAUGAACGGGUUUUUGUUGCCAUGUUUAUGGGAUGUUCAAGAGGGAUGCACGAUCUUAUAUCUCUUUUGGUCACACUUGAAACUACUAUUGAUUUGUGCACAACUACAGACUCGGGGAGGACUUUGCUGCAUGCGUGCGCUAUGGGUGGUAGUUUAAAGUGUCUCGAGAUUGUAGUUAAACAUUUAUUGAAAGGAAAUUAUGAAUCCUUCGGAACUCUUGACAAAACCAAACAAACCGCUCUUCAGCUAGCACAAAAACUAGGACAUACAGGAAUCACUGAGCGUCUUUCAGAGUAUAUCAAAGAAAACAAGAAGACAGUAAAUCUUGAUUUCAUAACAAACUCCCCCAACCAAAAGCAAGCAAAUAGGCAUCGUAAAAUAAACAGCGGUCCAAUGGUUAAUGAAAGAUUUGUACAUGAAGACAAACAUAAUCACGCAUCAAGCGAUUGUACAAAUACAGCGGCAAAUGAACCGGUUGUUGAAGUAGAUGUUAUACCAACAAACAGCGAUAUUAUUGUUCAACCGAGUAUUAUUGAUGAUCAAUCAGCAGGUGUCUUACCAGAACACAUCUCAUUUACCAGGAAGCCUUUUCUCAGGAGACCAAAAGAACAGAAUUCUAACCUGAUUAAGAUUCAGGUCCAUGAUCAAGACAGUGUAAAGAAUAUCACUUCUCUUCCCAGUUUAGUGACAAAUUAUGACGUGAAAACAGCAACUAGUUUGCCAUGUUCUCCAGUUCGAACAAGUCCCGUCAAUGACGUCAUAGAGUAUUGCAACAGCGCGCCGAACUCUCCAAAAUUCGGUCGCCGUCCGUUCAGAGCUGCUGGAUUGGCUACACGGUUUGCUAUCGCACCCUCUCCCCCACGGAACCAGUUUAUGAGCUCUGGGGACAAAAAGGACUUCCGUAGAGGGUCCUUGGCAAUGGGAGCUUCUAUCUACAGAAAUCCUGACAGAAAAAAGUCAAGGUCAAUUUGCGAGGUGACGUUACGUGAAUCUCUUGGUGCAUUUCACAAAACCAUGGAUGCAGGAGAAGAACGCAUCGAGCUGCCAUGGAAUGCAUGGAUUGCAGCCAGAAGACAAGACAAUCUUCCUCCUACCCAAGAACGUCAACUUAAUGCUCCGCAGUCUCCGAGUGGGAAUAGGAGAAGAUCGUUUGUCCAGUGGUUGAACGACAAAGACCUUGAUGUCCUGCGAAAACAACAUGCUGAAUCUCAACUUGAUGCGGUUCUAGAGGAAGAACAGUUAAGUGGAAAAAGAGGGAAAUCAUUUGAAGAAUGGCUGGAAGAAAAACACACAGAAAGUAAAAAAGGCAAAGAUAAAGAAAAAGAAAAAGAAGAAGCACAGAAAAACGAAGAGGAAAAUAAAAUGAGAAGAAGAAGAAUGUCUCAUCAAAAGUAUCAAUCUUGGUUGCAAGCCAAGGAGUUAAGCGCUCUUGAAGCCGAAGAAAAACUGCUUGGUGAAGCAAAACAUAAGUUGGAAAAAAUGAAAAUCCAGUGGGAAGAAGAAGAUGAACUGAGAAAGACGAAUUAUCAGAAAGUCAGUGUCAGUCGUACAAGAAGUUGUCCAACGCGGAAAAAUAACAGCAAGAUUUCACGAGAAAGGUUUAGCAGUUUAAACAACAAAUAGUGACAGACAUUCCUAACUUGUGAAACCAAGUGGUGGCGUAGUUGUGAUUAUUGAUAAAAAUAGUUUACAUCGAAUGGCCUAAAAAAAUUCGCAUGCGCGACAGCUGAGGACGUUUUAUAAGCUUUGAUUCCAUGAUUUUCGUGUUUGUUUACAAUUUAUAAAGACUAACCUCAAAGUUGAUUUUUAAAGAAAGUUACAAUUGAAUUUUGAUUUAAUGAAACCAAAUGGAAUUUUAUGAACGUUUAUAAUAAAUUCUAGUUCACAAAUUCAGUCACUCGUUGAAUUAACGUCAAUAAGAUUCUGUCCAUUAAAUGAAAAGAAAUUCAAGKUGUAAUGCCUAGAAAGGAGGACGAAAAGAACCUUGGAAAUAUAAUUAAAUUAAAUUAAUGUAAUUGCUUUCAAAUUUAUUUCCAAGUGCACUUUUCGCCCACUGCAAUUGCAACUUUACAUUACUUUAUUUCUUGUACUUCAUAGUGCUAACGAAAUUGAUUUCGAAAUAAAU